UGUUGGUCUCGUUUUACUCAAGCAGUGCUUUCUGUGGACCUCGACUGACUCUUAACACACACACACACACACACACACACACACACACACACACACACACACACACACACACACACACACACACACACACAUACACACGCUCUCUCUUCCUCCGAACCGCUACGGAUACAAAUUUGCCCACAAUCUCUUGGCCGCAUUGACAUCAAAUCUAGAAACACCAGCCCGGCGACGAGUCUCCUAGUCUCCACAACUAGCGUAAGGUGGGAUGACCAUCUACACAGGGACUAGACCUUGAGCGUCUGAGCAGUCUUCGGCUAUCGUUUCGUGCCAGCGUCCGGAGCUGUCGCUGGCAGAGAAUACAAACACCGUGAAUGACUUCGUCGAUGGUGCGAUCUCAUGGCCAACCAGUGGAUAGCAUCGCGUCUUUCUUACUAGCUGUAUUCACUAGGCUGCUCCUUGGCCAACUUCUAAUCUUCCUUCGGAUUGCUUGUUCCGCACAACGUGCCCCAGUUCCGCUCUUGAGGCAAGCUGCUAUCCGUACCUACAUGGAGGGACAUGACUCUCGACGACCCGCUCACGUUCCAUGUCCUAAUACAGACACGCAGAGCACAACUACACGGAUACUGGACCCUGUUCUCGUGCCCGGGUCUGUACUGUCAACGAUCGGCAGGAACUUUAAGUCGAUCUCCCUAUCCCCAGGCUCCGCCGCCCGUCCCAGAUCCCGCGGAAGAGAAAGAAAGGAUGGAAAUACUCGGAUUGCAUGUUGCUCGGACACGUAUAAUACUUGCAACUUGACCGGUUUGCUCCUCUGCGUACCUGCCUCCAUUUUCAUUCCAGCUCCUCCACUCUGGCCGGGCGGGCAGAAAAUAUUGCUGGAAAGCGUAAAAGGCGAACUCCGAGUUCCAGUUUUCUUGCCAUCGACGAUUUGACAGAUGUAGUCUAUGCGCGCAAAACGGCGCGGGGUUUCCGCUCACCCAGAACUGGUCUCGCAAGUAGGAAACGGUUACUACCCAAGUUGUACAGAAUUCUCAACGAAGCCCCCUUUCUCAUGA